UUCAAUAUAAAUACUUCAAACUUUUAUUAGUGAGCAAUACAAAUUCAGUUAUAAAAUGUUUUCCAAAAUCGUAAUAUUCUCUGGUCUUGUGGCCAUAGUCUUAAGUGCUCCGACUCAAGAACCUGUCGCUAUUGUGUCGCAAGACUCCGACAUCCACCCCGACGGUACCUUCCAGUGGGGCUACGAAUCAGCCGACGGAACCAAACAAGAACAAAACGGCGCGCCCAAACCUGUCGAUGAUGAAAUUGCCGAAGUCGUACAAGGAUCAGUUUCCUGGACCGAUCCUGAAGGCGGUAAGCACGAGCUCAGAUACAUUGCCGACGAAAACGGGUUCCAGCCUCAAGGUGCCGAUGUUCCAGUAGCUCCGGAAAUUCCUGCUCAGAUUGUUAGGGCUUUGGAAUGGAAUGCUGCCCAUCCGGAACAAGAAGAGAAAGAACAGUAGAUUUCGUUAUUGAUGUUUUUUGUUGUAUAUUUUUGUAUUAUUUUAUAAAAAAGCAGUUUUUUUGAAGUUAUAGAUGUGUUUUUUUAACACUUUAAUUAUGUAGGCAGGCAAAUUUAGAAACUUUCAUGAUUGCAGAGUGCUACUAAACAACGGUAGUCAAUCUAACUUUAUCAGUCAACGAUUUUGUGACAUCCUGCAGAUUCC